AUGCUCCCCUCCAUUAGUUUCGAUUAUAUAAAAAGGCCAAAUAUUGUAUUAUUUUCAAAUGUCCUAUCAUUAUCGUCUAACAUCUAA